AUGGGUCUCAAGCGCGGCAAACGAGCUUCAUCUGAAGGCGUCGAGCCAGCUGUUUCCGAAGACCGUUGCAAGAGAGCCAAAACAGCCGGUGAUGCAGGCAAAUUCGGUCUAAAUGCUCAGAUAUCCUCGACUUUAGAUAAGGCUCCCAAGACGGAUUCCAACGGUGAUCCAUACUGGGAGAUCUCGCGUCAGCGGCGUGUCACUAUAUCUACCUUCAAAGGACGCGUGCUAGUGAAUGUGCGCGAGUAUUACGAGAAAGAUGGUCAGGAACUGCCUGGAAAGAAGGGCAUAUCAAUGACACUAGAACAGUUCAACAACCUCGUCACAUUACUUCCUGAAAUCUCAGCCGUUAUCGAAGAGAAAGGGGGCAAGGUUACUCGUCCGGAUUUUUCUGGGUCUAUUGCCACUGCUGGCGAAGAGGACGAAGAAAUGUCAGGUGUGGAUGAGGAAAAGUCGAAAUCCAAUUCCAAGGCUAAGAAACCAUCCUCCACGAAAAAUUUCGAGGCUACUAGCGACGAGGAUGAUGACGAAUAA